AUUGCUGUCAUCAUCAUGUCCCUCCUCUUCAUGUAAACGCCCCUUUUGUAGAUCCUGUGUACACACAUCUCACUCUUAUUAUUCAUCUCAAUAUUUAUAUCCAUCCGCUCAACAGCGGGCUUGCCCCUCUGCCCCAGUGCGCCUCAACCCCCAUCGUGACGCGGCCCGGAGACAAAGGAAGCCCUAGGGGAGCGAGAGAGGUGCGAGUUUUGCUUUAACCCCCAGAUGCAAAGAAGGGACCCGUGAGAUAGGGAGCAAUAAGCGCCACUCGGCUGUCGGAUCUUCUCAUUAACCGAGAGGAUUAGCAUCGGCUGGCCACCUCUCACCCCUCCUGUUGCCUGCAUGUAUUUACUGUCAACCCCUACAAGUAGCGAGCACCCAGGCCCACACGGAGAACAACACAAGGCAAGGAGGCUACGGACCCGGGAUAACACGGCGCUGAAUGCAGACUAACAGGGAUGCCAAAAGAAAAAUAUGACCCUCCUGAUCCUCGCAGAAUUUAUACCAUCAUGUCGGCAGAGGAGGUGGCCAAUGGAAAAAAGUCACGCUGGGACGAGUUGGAGAUUUCUGGUAGGGUGCGGAGCUUGAGUAUGUCACUCUGGAGCUUGACGCACUUGACAGUGUUGCACCUCAGCGAUAACAACCUUUCUCGUAUUCCACCUGAUAUUGCCAAGCUCCAUAAUCUAGUUUAUCUGGACCUUUCAUCCAAUAAACUCAGAAGUUUACCAGCAGAGCUAGGGAACGUAGUGUCUCUCAGGGAAUUGCUUUUAAAUAACAAUCUGUUACGGGUUUUACCUUUUGAACUGGGGCGACUGUUCAGGCUUCAGACCUUGGGGUUAAAAGGCAAUCCUUUAUCACAGGACAUUCUUGGCCUGUACCAGGAACCAGACGGGAUGCGAAAGCUACUGAAUUACAUGCUUGACAAUCUAUCCGUUCAUCCAGAACAGCUUCCUCAGAGGCCGUGGAUUACAUUAAAAGAACGAGACCAAAUUCUUCCCUCAGUACCCUUCACAGUAAUGUGCUUCAAUGUGCUAUGUGAUAAAUAUGCUACCCGGCAGCUGUAUGGCUAUUGCCCAUCCUGGGCAUUAAACUGGGAAUACCGAAAGAAAGGCAUCAUGGAAGAGAUUGUCAGUUGCGAUGCAGACAUCAUCAGUCUUCAGGAAGUUGAAACUGAGCAAUACUACACCCUUUUUAUGCCAGCAUUAAAGGAACGUGGAUAUGAUGGUUUUUUCUCUCCAAAGUCACGUGCCAAAAUCAUGUCUGAUCAAGAGAAAAAGCACGUGGAUGGUUGUGCAAUAUUCUUCAGAACAGAAAAAUUCAGCCUAGUGCAAAAGCACACAGUGGAAUUUAAUCAGAUCGCGAUGGCAAACUCUGAGGGUUCAGAAGCCAUGCUGAACAGAGUGAUGACAAAGGACAAUAUUGGGGUGUCUGUCUUGUUGGAGGUUCAUACAGAUUUUUCUGGUGCUGGCAUGAAACCCCAUCACUCUUCGGAAAAGCAGCUGCUUAUGGUGGCAAAUGCUCACAUGCACUGGGACCCUGAGUAUUCAGAUGUGAAGCUCAUCCAGACAAUGAUGUUUGUCUCUGAACUGAAAAGCAUUAUUGAGAAGGCGGCAAGUAGGCCAGGGAGUCCCACUCCAGAUUCCAAUUCCAUCCCCUUUGUGUUGUGUGCUGAUCUCAACUCUUUGCCAGAUUCAGGUGUGGUGGAGUAUCUGACAAAUGGAGGGGUAGCCGACAAUCACAAGGAUUUCAAAGAGCUCAGAUACAAUGAGUGUCUCACUAACUUCAGCUGCAAUGGGAAGAAUGGGACCCCAGAUGGAAGAAUCACACAUGGCUUCCAGCUGAGGAGUGCCUAUGAAAACAACUUGAUGCCUUACACAAAUUACACCUUUGAUUUCAAAGGUGUUAUUGACUACAUCUUCUAUUCCAAGACACACAUAGACGUUCUUGGCGUCCUGGGGCCUUUAGAUCCUCAGUGGAUGAUGGAUAACAACAUCGCUGGCUGCCCACACCCCCACAUCCCUUCUGACCACUUCUCACUGUUAACGCAGCUGGAACUCCACCCUCCAUUUCUGCCUGUCAUUAACGGGGUGCACUUGCCAAGCAGGAGUGUCAAAACUCUCAAAAGGAAAAGAAUUUUUGGAUCAGAGGCAAAUUCAUCUUGUCACAGCCUGGUAGACUUCUAUCCAGUAGAUGAGGCCGAUACUCCACAUUGAUGACAUCUUUGGGGCUGGUGAGAAAGAAAAGCUAUGUUUUUUUUUUUUUGUUUUUUUUUUUUUGUCUAGCACCAGGAUCUUAAGGUAUAUGUGGGGCAUUGUUUAUAGCUCUGGAAACAGUAGAUGCCUGGUGCCAUAGAUCGGUUUCCCUAGCUGCUUUUUUUCCCCUUUCAUGCAGCUUUAAACACUAAGGAUUGUGUUCUCUAACUAUCCAAAUGCCUUAUUUUCAGUAGGAAGUGAAUUAUGCGCUGAGCCUCUUUCACUCCUUCAGUCUGCAUUUAAGGUUUAGAAUAACAUGAGAAAGCUAAUACACCUACUGAGUAACCAAGCUAGAUAUGCCUCAAAACUACAUCCCAGCAAGGUCUUCAUAUACAGAGCUUGGACAGUUCCCAGUUAAGUUCAUUAUGUCCUGGAACAGGGCCAUUCCUGAAAUACUGAAUAUCUAGAUAUGUCCUGGAGAAUUGGUUUGCCCCCUUAAACCUUCCAACGCAUAAUACAGUAACAAAUAAGUCCAGAUUUUGACUUGCCAAUACUCUCAACGGUGAAAUGAUGACUUGGCCAUGAAAAAAUGGUUUGUGCUUCUACCUUUUAGCUCCUGAUUGGAAGAAUAUGGCAGCUAUAACGUGAUAAAAUAAAAUCUGUUUUCUUUUUUUUUCGCCUUCAUGAAAUCAAAGGCUUUUUAGCUUUUAAUAUUAGAACCCCCCCAAACAGUAUUUAACUUUUGAGAAAAUUGCACAUGUAGGCAUUGCUUGUACUGUAGAUAUAAUUGGCUGUAUUUGCUGCUUUUAUUAACCCCUUCACCACCAGCAGUCCAGCACUAAUUUUGAUGUUCCUUAAAACACUAAAGGGAAGAAUCAUGUAGCAUUGGCAAUUUUUUUUUUUUUUUUUUUCGUCUUCGUCUCCCAUUCUGGUAGGUUCAGUGGCACAUUUAUCUACUGUUUAUUUCUUUGGGAAUCAAAGUUCAUUGUUCCUUUUAAAGCUGAUAUUCUUACGUACAUAGACAUUAUGUGGAAUAUAACUUACCUUUUUAUAUUGACGUGAAUAAAUUGAUGAACGAUAGAGUGGUCAUACCUCAUGGAAUUAAAUAGUAUUUUUUUAAGAAAUUAACUUUGUUGUAUAAAGAGGGGAAAGUCGAUUUGUGACAUGUCUUGGACCUACUUAGUUUUUUUUUUCCUUCCCUGGUUGUUCUGCUUCAAACGUAUAGGCCUAUCUCAACAAAUUCAUACCAAUAAGCCAACAGUACAACUUGACUCAGAACAGUGAAGAUUUAUCUUUUUUUUGUACAUACUGACAAAGCUUUAUGUUGUCUUUUUAUCUCAAUGAUAUUGCUUCUGUGCCAUAUGCACAGUGUAACAGGACCUAUUCCAAGAACCAUAUUGGAGAUCCUAAUGGUCCUUAGGUGCAGGUUUAACUAACCUUGUGCUGCUUACUCAGACUGUUCUCCAAUCGCUGCAAAUACUCCCUGUAGAAGUCAACAAUAAUGGAGCAAUAUCUCUAAACUGCAACCUGCUAUGAAAAUGAAAUGUGUAUGAAAUUUCAUGAUGAUAAUAAGUGAAUGAAUUGAGGAAAACUGAAAGACUAAAUUUAAACGGGCAAGAUGUUACUUAACAGAUGUGUUCUUAAAAAAAAAAAAUCUUUAGUUUGUUCUUUAUUGUGCUGGAGAUUGCAUCCAAAAAAAUCUGCACAGGCUUGUUUGUUUUGAAAGUCAAUAAAGCCUAAAAAUUUUUUGUGAUAUUUUCCAUAUAAAGAAUUAAAAUAAAGCAGAUUUUUUUUAACUCCUCCUCCCAAACUUUGUUUAGUGUCCCUGUAAUCUUCUAUAUUGGCAACAAUUGUUUGCUUCAGAGACUGCUUCAUGCACUCAAGCUUUAACUUCAUUGUAGAACUUCCGUAUGGCAUCUUUUAAUUGUGAGAAGUCCAUUAAUGUCUAAUAUUUUCAAGUACAUGAGUAUAAUAUUGGGUGGUGGUUUCCAAAGAGUUUGUGUUUUUCCCCUUUUACCUGUACAGGUGAUCACAUGAGAGACUUUAAAGAGCCAGUUUCUCUAUUUAAGGCAAAUCUAAAGGCAUCCAAUGAAAUCAGGAUGAGACAUAAAGCGACAAUUCCAUACCAAUGCCUAUUUAUAUUUUAACUUUGUGUUUCCAAGGGAAUACGUAAUGAAAUGUGAACCCUAACUGAAUGACAUAAAAAUAAUUUAAAGGAAGACUGCAAUAUAUUUUGUCAGAAGGGAACAGGUUGGGAAAUGUUUGUAGCUGUGUGAUAUUUGCUGUCUUCAGCUGCCUCUGAGCCUGACUUCUUACUGGAAUAUGGUAUUCAAAUGUUUCUCACAUAGAUGUUUUGUUUCACAAUUAUCUGGUGUCAAGUUUUUAACCAGCAGCACUGCCGAAGGAAGCAGAUCAAUAAAAUAAAAAAUGUAAAAUCCUGGCCCUAUUCAAGGGUGAUUUUUUUUUUUUUUUUUUAAUGAAAGUGAUUUUAUGUAAUAAAAGAAAAAAAAACUGUAUGAGAUAGCUAUUUUCUAUUUCUGUGUAUUAAACUGGUGAAAAAAUUGUUAAUUCUGUAACAACGUAUCUUCUUGACUGGCACAAUUUGCGAUAUGUCCACAUCUUUUUAUACAAAUGACAUACCCUCUUUCUCUCCUUAAGCAAGUCAUUUACAUUUAAAGCUUCUCUUAGUUGAAGGAAAAACUCUGAAGGUGCUUUUCCUCCUGUGGCCAUCUAUAUUUGAAUCUACUCUGAUUCCAUUCUCUGUGAGCACUUUAAUCUUGAAGCAAUGAAGUUUGUCAUUUAUUCAUGGCCCUUUUUUGUUAUCGGUUCUUUCAUAGUAAAGGUUUAUAUUGCCUGCCUUGCUUUCUUGGUAUGAACUGCAAAUAGGACUUUGCCAUCUUGCUGGAGAAAAAGAACUGUAGGUGGAGGGACCAAUGAAUAACCAUUACAAUUAAAACAUAUUCUGAGAUUCACCACUGUGUCCCUUUACAUCUGACAACUUUCUAAGGUUGGUGAAGCUUUGGUGCCUCCCUUAACCUCUGCCAGCAAAAUCCUGAUUGGUCAUUUUCUGGAAACUAGAGCACUAAAGGCUUUCCAGUAUCCCCCCCCCCUAUAAAGGUGCAUGUAUUCAUAAUCCGCACACAUCAUUCUGACAACACUUUUUUUUUUUUUUUUUCCUAAUCUGCAUCUCUUACAUCCUGCUAUGAAGUUUCCUUAAAAAUAACUAUUGUUGAAGGUAUAAAUGUAAGGGCAGGGUUAAGAACCAGUCUAUUCGGUUAUAUCGCUCCCCCCCCCCCCCCCCCCCCCCAAGUGACCAUGAUCAAAUGAUCAGUGGCUUUAAAACCUUCAAUGUCUACAAGUAAUCCAUGGACUGUAAAGAGGUAGAUCAUUGCACACAAGGCCAAGAAAGCACAGUGGCUAGUGGUAGUUUUGACCACCACAUUUCCAAAUAUGUUUAACUGCUGUCUUGAUUCAUCUUGCUCCAUGGUUGUUCUGGUCUGUUUAUUGUCUUUUGUACACAGCAGUAGUGAUGUUAGGAUUGUUUAAAGCUUUUAUGGGAACUAUAUUUUAUCAGCAUUCUUAAUGUUUCAUUGCAAUUAAAAUGUGUCUGCACCAGUAUGACCGUUUUUUUUCCUUUUUGCUCACUUGCUUAAAUAUACCAUAAUACAAUUAGCCCAAAUUAAACAAAUACAAAGCUCCACUUUACCAUUUGUUUCCAUUGUUUUCCUGUUAUACUGCCAAAGUUUGAUCCUAUUUAUCUCUUUUUAAAGUGAUUUAAAUCAAAAUGGCCUAUUAUCAUAGGGGAGAAAAUAUAACCUUGCACAGCCCCAUUCCUAACAUAUCAUGUCUUGUAGUUUCAUAAGUGAAAAGCAAACACUAGUGUUCCCCCUUCAUGCACGUUUACAUUUUUGUUUGUCUUUUUUGGAAAUUUCAUAGCCAAAAUUAUUAAAAAGCUCAUGUCACUUGAUUUAAAUACAUGCCAGGAUGCCUUCCACAGAUUCAUGUUGUUAUAAGUCAAUAUAACCUAAUAAAUUUUCCAGAAAAGCUGUAUUCUACUUCUCUUAUUUUAGGACAUCCCUUAAAAUUUGCAUACUGGCAAAGGCAAUAUCUAAUUUUAAGUGUUUUAAUGUUGCUAGCAAAUUCUGAAAGUCUGGCUUCAGUUGACAUGGGGGUAGCCAUUUUAUUGCAGCUCAAACAGCACUUUAAAUGUAUCGUUUGCAAUAUUUCCAGUAAGACCCAUUUAUCUGCAACCACACGCUUGGUUUUAUUUCAGUAAACACUGUUUUUACCUCUCCGUUCUUUGUGUGCGGCUAAGGAAGGCUAUUUUCUGAUCCUCAAAUGAAAGAUGUAUAAACAUGUCUUGAAAGUAUCUGCUGCAGUCAAAGGAUUAAAUAACAGUGCCCAAAUCAAUGAUAGGCAUCUGUUUAAAGGAAUAAUCAGCCUUCGGUUCAGCUUGCUUAUCUAUCCAGCAGCAUGUUACCAAUUCAGUUUGUGCUAUAGCUGAGUAUUAUUUGUGAAUUUAAGUCCAUCUGGUGCAAAUAAUCUACUUUUGAACUUUUAAAUUUUAGGAAUUGGCGUUGGGGCACAGUGGGAGUUUUUAGUGCAAGAAAGGCACAGCAUAUAACAAUAGCAGCCUGUAAAUAGCUCUAUUAAAAAAAACAAGAUUUGUAUAUUUUCAUUAGUGUUUCUUUCACAGCCAUUAGCCGUUUUUGUCAGAUUUUUCUGCAUUAAAAAGGAAAAAUUAAGUGACAUGAUGCAUUUUUUUACCCCUAUUUUUUGCAUCUAGUAUUUUUAACAAUUUUUUCCCAGUAAAUGUUAAUGCUAAUGUAUAUGUACCUCUUUACCAGCAAAGAAUCUGUUCUGUAUGCCGUAUUAUGUAUUAUUGCCUACAAGAGAUUACUUACCCAGUGGUGAUGUGUUCCAUUGUGUUAAUCUCAGGCCUGGUAUUUUAGAAAGAUCUUUCCAGUUCAGCUGUAAAAUUACAUAAAACAGCACAAAAUUAUUUUUAUGUAUAAUUUUUUUUUUUAGCUACAACGGUUGUAGAAUAAUCCUAUCUGUUAUUAUACAGCCUGAUCCCCUAAUUUAGAAUGAUCCACCUGCCUUAUACAACUGUUGCCAAACUACAAGCAGCAGCAUCCCCUAUCAUGACAUCUAACAGGGUAAUGCUGUGGUGGAUUUAGCUAUGCCAUAUCUGAGCCCUAGCUUUAACUGCCAGAAUUAUUCCUUAUCUCAAAGAUAAGAUGCUGCUAUUUGUAGCUUUGAGACAGGUUUUCUGUCCUAAAGUUAAUAUGUAGUUAUUCCCCAAGGCUAAUAUAUUUCCUUUAUUGUGCAAUUUGUGCACAUUUCUGUGUAUUUGAUUCUAUGCAGCAGGUUGGUAGCGCCUAAAGACUGAAGGUCACUGCCUGCUUUGCAAAGCAUUGUGGGGAUGUGUUUGGUUACACAGGCCAUAUAUACCAUUAAAGUACAGUAGCACAUAUCCUGUGGCCUGGGACCUUGUACAGCCCCUUAAUGCUGCACUGCCUGUUUUUAACAUUUGGAUUUAACAACAAAUAUGGGUGUUAAAUAACAGAUCUAUUGGUCCAAGGAAAGCUGCUUUAACAUGCGAAAUAUGGGGACAUUGUACUGUUUUCCUGUUAUGAAUGUUCAAUAUACAGCUAUGGCGGUUAUGCUGCCUUUCAGAAAUAAUAAAAUAAUAGUGCCUGAGCUUACCACACAAGUUUUAUUUUUUAUUUUUGAUAGUCCUGCUAUGUAUAGCAUUGUCCAAAGGUAUUGAAACUGAAAUUGUACCAUUUGAUAGUGUGGCUACUAGAAGUUUUAUGUUAUCCAAAUAUGCAAACCUCAUCCUUUCCUAUGGUUGAUCAAAGCAAUGGUUCUUUGUUACAAAGUAUUAUGGAAUGUAAACUGUAAUGGGGAAAUAACUAUCACCAGCCAUUUUAAUGUUUUUGUAUUUACUGCAGUUUAACACAGAGCAUCUGGAUUGCACAACUCAGCUGAGGUAUUUUGGGCAAUAUAUGUAUAGAUUUAAAAAUAAAAAAUGUAAAUCCUGUGUGCUCUGGAGACUCCAUAGUAUUAUAAAUAAAUGUGAACAAUACAAAAUCCAGCCUGAGAGUUGCACUGUUAAUCCUGCUUUCUAGACUUGUGGCAGCUGAAGAGGGGAAGAAGAUGCUGAAGAACCUCAUACUACUAUUUCUGAUGACAAAAUACUUUAUCCUUUUCUGGAGAUCGGGUACUGCUCACACACAAUGUAUAGGGCUAAAUAAUUGCUUGUUUCCUUGUGUACUUUUUUUACCCCCAUCUAUGUAGGCAAUAAAUGGCCAUUUUGCAACUGCA